AUGUUGACGCUGUCAAUAUCCGGAUUGAAUGUAGUGUACUUCUGGAUCUGGACUACUGCGAGCUCAGCUGCUCUAUACCACGCGGUCCAACUUCAACCACAACCCGAUUCUAGAAUUCGCAAACGAAGAAAUAGUUCGACUGGCGAUAUCAUACAAGAUCAGGAGAGUACCACAGCGGAUAUGUAA